AUGGAUAUUCCUUCUUUCAUUUCUGAGACUCCUCUCAUUCUCUCAAUUCCAAUAACAGGGACCGAUGUGAAUGAUGACCAUACUCCUUCAUUUCCAGAUGUUUUGACAAGACUGUCUUUUUCAAAAAAUCCAUCUUCAUCUAUGAGCUCUGUUCCAUCGAUUGGAACGUUGUUUCUUCAAGUAAGAUUAAGGAUCUUCAAAUUCUCAAGUCCUUCAAGAUUCUUACUCAAAGAUCUCAACGAACAUUCCCUAUCAAGAGAACAUAUAACUCGACAACAUGUGGCUGAAGAGACUGGAAUUGCAUUUUCUCUGCCAAUCAGUUAUGGAGGAAUGGUAAAAGAUUAUUCUGCCAAUGGCUUAAUUUCGAAAAGUACCUUCAUGUUUGACAAUGAUCAAGCCCUUGAGUUAGAAGGUGAAAUUGAUGUUUUUAAGAUUCAUAUGUUUUCAGGAUGUCGAUUUGAAUUUUCAUCCAGAUUUGUGGAGAGAAGGAGACAGCAAGACCUUGCAAGUCUCAUGGUGGACAUGGGGGAUGAAUCUUCAUCCGUGCUGUUGUAUUCUGAAAAUAUUUCCUCUCUAUUCACCUCUUUGGCUGAAAGAAAAGUCUUACCGCUGAACAUUGAACUGUGUCGAAAAUUUCGAAGAGCAACUCUCGAUUGUUGGUGUUUUAAGAAAAUGUCAAGCCAAAAGGACAUUCAUGUUUCGAUCUUAUCAUUGAAAUCUAACAAGAUAGACUCUGCUUCUUUGAUUAUUCUAGAGCAUGUAACCACUCUUUAUGAUUAUGAAAGAUUGAACAAUGAACAUGUUGAGCUUUGCCCGAAAUUACUCAUCGACGUGGCUAGUUCUAUUGAAUUCCAGAAUGAUGUUCAGAAUGUAAAUCCAAAUGCACAUCAUAUGACCUCGUCAUUGAGCGAUCAUUUCAAGUUAGCUCUAAUUUCGUGUGUGACGCCUUAA